AUGUUUUCCACGAUUUUCCUAGUUUUCCUAACUCCUCUUCUCACAACAAUCACAAUAAUUCGAAAAUUUCGUCAACAAAGUUGUCGAAACGCGAAAAACCAACGAAAUUUGCUGAAAAGUCUAGUUAUCCAAACUCUAAUCUUCCUGCUUUUAUACAUUAUUCCGAAGCAAAUUACAUCAAGUUCAUUAUUUUAUGAUUGGUUCAAUCCUGGAGUUAUUCUAAGUUGUUUGGCUGUUGUUAGAUGUCAUGGGAGUUUUGCGACGAUUUCGAUAUUUUUAACGACUCCAGGAUUUCGGAAAGAUUUUAUUGGAUUUUUGGGAAGCAUUGGGCACAAAAAAGUUAACUCGAUUAAUUUGAAAUGA